AUGGCGUACCUCAGUGCUCCGCUAGCUGUUAUGGCUCUCAACUGCCGAGGCCUGAACGUGCCGGAACGACGCACCCAUCUGCUUCGUGAACUACGGAAAAAACGGAUCUCCAUAGCGAUGCUCCAGGAAACUCACUUCCUCGAGGGGUCCGCGCCUAAACUCCGUAAUCGGCAAUAUCCCAACACCUUCUUCAGCAAUCAUCCCACAACCCUUAAAGCAGGAGUCGCUAUCACCCUUGCAGCAGAACUGGACUUCAAAGAACUAGAUAAGGUAACUGACAAGCUAGGGAGAUACCUCUUCCUAAAAGGCACGAUAGCGGACAGAAUGUACACCCUGGCUUCCAUCUAUGUGCCCAACAAAAACCAGGCACGUUUCCUUUGGAGAACAAUAAACAAACUGAGCGGAUUCUCGGAGGGCACACUCAUUGUUGGGGGUGAUCUCAAUACCUCGCUGGACCCUCAAAUGGACACAUCCAUGGGACACUGUUAUAUACCUAUGUCUAGCAUUCACUCGAUACGUAAGUCGAUGGGUGACUUGGGACUGGUGGACUGUUGGAGAGUGCUCAACCCGGAUGUCAAAGAUUACACCCACUACUCCGCACUCCACAACCGCUACUCGCGGAUUGACUACAUACUAAUCCAACAGGAAGGUUUGUCGCGACUGAAGAAGGCCACAAUCGACCCCGCUACAUGGUCGGAUCACGGUCCGGUUACAGUGGAACUGGAAUCGCCACUGUUCAAACCGGCAACAUGGACCUGGCGUCUGAACGAAUCCUUGCUACAGGACCCCGAGGUGGAAAGCGAAAUUGCACGAGCUCUUGA